AGUGUAAAAUAUACUUGAGAGUCUCUCCCUUCACUCGCGCGCUUUAUGCUAAUCACCUCCAGUCACUCUGCGCCGCGCGCACAAGCCGUUUGGAGAGCUGAGAGCGCGCCGCGGCCGCGCGCGCCAGCAGCAGUUUCCAGCGGAGCUCGCGUGAACCCUCCUGCUCUGUCCGUUGGUUGGUUCUCUCUCUCCGGCUCCGGUUCUCCUCGCGCUCCUUCUCCGGACACAAACUCUCCGCUCGCGCUCGGUCCGAUCGGUUCUCCUCGCGCUCUUUUCUCCAGCUCCCGCUUCUCUACGUUAGGUUCUGUCUCCCGAACCGUUACGUUGGACCCCCCCCAAAACAUGGGUUGCACUGUCCCGGUUCUGCUGUCAGUCAUCUGGGUUGGACUUACGGCGGGAGUACCGGACGGACCGGACGUCCAAGUGAUCGAUGUGCUGAGUCUCCAGGACUCCAAGCAGAGCGUGGCGGCGUUGGAGAAGCUGUCGGCCGGUCUGAGCGCGCUCAGUGACGUCUACGUGGUGUCCACUUUUCGGCUGCCGGCAAAGCUUGGCGGCGUCCUGCUGGGCGUCUACAGCAAACAGGACAACAGGAAGUACCUGGAGGUGGCCGUCAUGGGGAAGAUCAACAAAGGUGACUCCACAGCUGCCUAUCUCCACCAGACUCCAUUAGCUAUCGCCAGCUCCAAAAAAAGCACCAUGGUAGCCGAUCAGAGCACUGUGCUGGCAGACUGCACUCUGAUUGGUUCAGACGGGCGCUGUCCCAAACACGUCGCCCAGACGAUCAGCAGGGUUUACUGCAAAGACUGCGAGCUCUUAGACAGGACGCACGUCUCCUCCUCUAAAUACUCUGAGCCGGAAACUCCCACCGUCUACUGCCGAGACCGCAUCCGCAAGAGCAAGACAGCAGGUGUGCUGGCGUCCCUGUGGUGCUGUGUGCUUUCUCUGCUCUCUCGUCACCUGAAGCUGCAGAAACGCUUCUACCUGACAGCUCGGUCCGGUCUCUGCGGAGUCAUGAACGUGAGGGAGGCCCUCGCCGGUCAGAAGGAGCUUCAUCCCAACGGAUCUCUGUGUGACGCCUGUCAGGAGAAACGGCGCUCGGAGCCGGAUAUCGUCUCGUCUUCCUCUUCAGCAUCCUUACCGUCCUCUGGGACUUCCUGUUUGUUGUGGCUGAUGUGGAGCGCUGCGGUGUUUACAGCUUCGCGUCUCUCGCGGCUGCUUCACGUUGCAGCUUCAGCAGUUUGGCGUCUGACCCAGAAAGUGUUUUCAGCCUCGGGGAGCGCCGGACGCUCUGCAGGUAAGAAGGCAGGUGAUGUGUUCAGGCGACUCAACAGACGAUGGCAUCACAAGACAACCGGCUUGACUCGGUUUCCCCUCAGACUCCUCCUGGUCCUCCUCCCUCUGCUGCUGCUCUUCAGCUCUUGUGUUCGUCUGCUCUUCAAUCGUCUGGUGGAUCUGAUCAACCUCGAUCGAUCGGAGGCCGCUCUACAGUCCUCCUCCAGUGGCAGCAGAAGAGGUACGAACGCCAGGGUGUUAGUCAAGACUAGGGUCAACAUGUCUGCUGUGAAGAAGGUCCAUAGGGACAUAACACGUAUUAACCGUUGCACCGGGCGGCAGGGCGGGAGGCGUGCGGGGCUGAAGCCUUGGUGGCGCUGCCGUCCGCUUGGGCGGCGCUGGGCGGAGCGCGGGGCGGGCGGGGGGGCCGGGAGGCCGGGGGGAGCAAGCAUGCGAGCGCUGUCCCCACCUGAGUACAAGAGAUCUCACCAGAGCGAACAGCCGGUGUCUUGCCACCAAUCAAUCAGCGACGCUAGCUCGCAGCAACAGCUGGAGCAUCUGCAGAGACGAUUGGACGAGGAGAGACAGCAGACAGAGCAGUCCCGGCAGCAGGACGCGUUGCAGCAGCAGAGUCAAACAGCUCGUCUGGAUCAGCUGGAGCUGCAGCUGCAGAAACUGGCCGCCAGGACCGAGGAGAUGCAGCAGAGACAAGAAGCUGCUACGACAGUCUCACCUUUACCAACAACUUUUCCAGCUGCGAUCAGUGGUGGAGUGGAGCGCCAGUCCCAUGAUGCCUUGCUGGCGGAGGUUGCACGGUUGAAGGCGGCGCUGGAGAAGGUCAGGCGGGACGUUGGCGGUCUGUCUGGGUGUCGAGACGGCUGCAGAGGACUCGACACGAUCCACCACACGAUUUCAGAGCAGGUCUCUGCUCAAGUGCGUGAGGAAGUUCGCGUUCUGGUCUACGGCAACCAGCUGACGGCAGCUGGCGGGACGUCCCGAGACGACGCCGGGGGCCUCCAGGAGUCGCUGCUGCAGUGGUUGUCGCGGCGCUGCGUCAGCGAGGCGGACCUGCAGGUGGCGCUGUCCUCUCUGGAGCGCAGCGUCCUGCAGAACAUCAGCCUGCAGCUGAAGAAGAACCGCGCCGAAGGAACGGGAGGGCAGCCCGUCCUGCACGCUGCUGCUGGGGACGCUGUGACCCGGGAGGACGUCCAGGUGAUGGUGAAGAACGCUCUGCGUCUGUUUUCUCAGGACCGAACCGGCAUGGCGGACUACGCUCUGGAGUCUGGAGGGGGCAGCGUGCUGAGCACUCGCUGCUCGGAGACAUUUGAGACGAAGGCCGCUCUGCUCAGUCUUUUCGGACUUCCUCUCUGGUAUUUCUCUCAGUCUCCUCGCGCUGUGAUCCAGCCCGACGUCCAUCCGGGGAACUGCUGGGCCUUCAGAGGCUCUACGGGCUUCCUGGUGAUCCGCCUCUCCAUGAAGAUCCUCCCCACAGCCUUCUCCCUGGAACACAUCCCCAAAAUCCUGGCUCCCAGCGGGGCUCUGCACAGCGCGCCCCGGGACUUCAGCGUCUACGGUCUGGACGAUGACAGUCAGGAGAAAGGGAAGCUGCUGGGCUCCUUCACGUACGAAGAGGACGGAGAAGCUCUUCAGACGUACGCCGUCACCGAGGAGAACGACCGAGCCUUCCAGAUCAUCGAGGUUCAGGUGUUGUCCAACUGGGGCCACCAGGAGUACACCUGCAUGUACCGCUUCAGAGUGCACGGGACGCCCCGAGACACCUGAAGACAUCGAGUGUUUUCCAACCCAAACCGUGUGGACGCGGCAGUGAAACUAGGGCGGCACCAUGCGAGGAAAACAUGCGGUAACUUCUGCUAAAAUACAACAAACUGCUUGUUGAAUUGAACACAUUGAAGCACCGAAAAAAAACAAGGACAGUUAUAUCUUUAAGUGCAGUUUUCAAUUUUCUUUCAACUGACACAAAAGAAUCUCAGUGUCUCUCGUGAUGUCAUGGGAGGGGGGUCUCAGACGGGAGGGGUCUCAGACGGGA